GGAAGGCCAAUGCGUGCGAAGUUCUUGCUAGUGGUAGUGCCGGUGUUGUCAUGUUGAUGUUUCCCUCCCCUCUUCUCCUUCCCUUCCUCAUCGCCCUCUCUUAUUGCACCAGCGCGUUCUAGCGCCUCAAGCAUCUUUGGUCGCGGAUCAUCCGCUGUUUCUGUCAUCGGCUCUGUCGCUAUCCAAGCCGCUUUCCUACCGCGUUCCCCUGAGAAUCCUCCCCUGACCCGUCUUGGUAUCUGGUCUUGGGCGAUACUGGAUGAUGCCGCCUGAAGGCAGCGGGACACGUCGCCGCCUCCGCUCCAACCACGCCUGCAUCAACUGUAGGCGAAAGAAGACUCGCUGUCCGGGCGAGAAGCCAGCCUGUUCGUGCUGUGUUCGGUUGAAUCAGCAGUGUUCGUAUGCUGCAGUGGGCGGAUCAAGUGGGCCUGAUAAGGACCGACUCGCUGAGCUGGAAGAAAAGGUCAAUCAGAUACUGCGAGGCGCUGCGCAGCACGAGCAACCUACUAUUGAAGAGGCACCCGACUUCGCGAGCACCACGCAUGGAGAUGUCGGGUAUAUGCAAGACAAUGCGUAUCCCUCCAUCUUCGGGCUCGACGGCGCGAGCCCGCAGGCUUCAUCGCUGGCCGUUGCAAAGGCAAUCGACCUGUACCUUGAGUGCUGCCACCGCCAGCCGGUCUGGUGUCUGAACAUAAAAGAGCUGGGCAAUAUCGAAUCUCACCCUGAAGAACUCAUCUGUAGUAUCCUGGCACUGACAAGCCGCUUCACCCGAGAUGCCGCGCAGGGCCAGCGCUACGCGGACAGCGCAAAGAGCCUGAUUAUGCUGCGGAUUGCGAAUGGGACGGUGGAGUUGGCUACAAUAGAGAGCCUCUGUCUGCUUGCGUACUCUGCUUUUAUCGGAAGAAAGAAAAAGAGAAAAAGAGAAGGAAAGAAAACUGGAGAAGAAGAAAAAAAGGAAAAGGAAACAAGGUUGACAGGACAGACAGAUGGCAACCUCCAACUCGGCCGCUUCCACCUGGGCAUGGGCUUCCAGCUCUGCCGGGCCGCCAUGCUCGACACUGAGGCCGCGUACAUGAACCAGCAGGACCGGCACGCGGAGCAGAAGAAGCGUCUCUUCUGGAGUCUGCAACUCCUCGAACAAUCAUACGGCCGGCAAACCGGCCUCCUCAGCAUCCCCACGUCCAAAUGGCGGCCGCCCUACUUAUCCUCCUGCGACCCUCGAGCAUCCGACAACGACAGUAUGCCACGACCGCCCCCGAUCCCCCGAGACACCGUUGGCUGCGCAUCCCCGGAUGACACCGGGAUCUGGAGUAUGAGCAUCCACUUCGGCUGGGUGUGGAGUAAAGUGCGCGCGUACGUAUCGCACUGCUCGAGCAACCGUGUGACGGAGCCUUGGCGGCACGAAUCCAUGUACGCGGUGGUGCUGUCGGACCUCAACGAGAUCGAAAACAGCACCCCGUUGUGUCAUCGCUACGACCACGUGCAGUUCUAUCGACGGACCGCGGAGGAGCUUGCAGUGAAUAAGAGCUACUGGGUUCCUUGGGUCAAGCUGCAGUUCAUGUACCACGCCAUCUUGACGGUCCUCAACCAUCCGUUCUUGUAUAUAAUGGCCUCACAGCAUAACCCGAACCUCGCGAUUCCGAACAGUUUCUGGCGUCGAUCAUCUGAGCUGGUCCUCCUCCAUGCUACGUGGAUCGUGAGGCUCAUUGACAUGGUCUCUGAGAAGAAUGUCCGACUCACAGACCCGUUCUUUGCGCAUGUGGCGGGCAUCGCGGCAACGGUGCAGCUUUACUAUUGCUGCGCCGAUGACCCGAGACUAAAGUACAAGUCUCGAGCGGACUUCGCCAAAUGUAGUGACUUUUUGCGCGGAUUUACAGGCUUUUCAAGGGCUUGUGAGGUGUUGAGCCAAAAACUCGACGCACUAACGCGCAUCGCCUCGGGCACCGAAAUCAUCGACCUGGAUGACUGGGUCCCGUCCAAAAUCCACCUGAAUAUUCCAUUAAUGUGGGACAUCCUGCAGUUUAACGUAUCUACUGACUUCGAAACCGAAGGAAGAGGGCUCCUCCACCCCUCGUUAGCACCAACAACCAUGACCCCUAGUCCCAACGACAUUUCGAAUCUCGACAUCAUCGUCACUGCCUCACCGGAAGUCAGUGUUAACACGGCGGACGGCGGCCAGGCUGUGCCCAUGCCUCUUUAUCGGAGUCCGACGACGGCAACGGCCGAGAGUCUGCGGAAUACGUCGCUUCGUGAUCGGGACCGCGACCGCGAGAGGGACCCGCUUGUUGCGCCCGUUGAUAGUCUCAUGCUGAAUACGCCGUGGCUGUGGGCGGACUCGAGCCAGUUCUCCGGGAAUAUGGACGAGGUUGAGUAUCACGAUUCGAUGCCCGUGGUUGGGGAUGUGGAGGGGUCCGCGUGGUGGAAUUUGGGAAAUCUAUAG